AUGGCUCUGCCGCCCCGCGUCGACUACGAGCGCCUAACCCCAGCGCUCGCGCUGCCUCCGGGCGUCUACUUCGACCCGACAGAAGAGGAGGUCGUGCGCACCUACCUCAACGGGUGGAUCGCCGGGCAUGAAAGGUCGUCGGACGCGGACGCAGAGGCGGCCCUCGUCAUCGAGGACGACGUCUACAGCGACAGACCCGACGUGCUGGCGCGCAAGUACCCGCCGGCCAGCACACGCGACUCCGAACCCAGCUGGUGGUUCCGCUGUCACUGCAAGUUGCAGGCCACGCGCGACGGCGUCGGCCACCGGGGCGGCCGCAUCGUCGCCACGGGAGGCACCUGGAAGCUGGAGCAGACCAAGAAGGAGGUGAGAUGCCCGGUGGACGGCGAGCACCUCGGGUUCAAGCGUAGCUUCGGUUUCCACGCCGAGCACGAGGGCCAGAAGAAGAAGAAGAAGACGCUGUGGCUCAUGGAGGAGUACACCAACGUCGACUACCCGGACGAAACCACCGUUCGCGACGACGGCAGAAGCGUCCUGCCCGCGCUCUACAGGAUAUACAUCUCCCCAAAUGAUCCCGUCAAGAAGAAGAGGAAGAAGAUGAGAGGCAGAGGUGAUGGGGACGACCCCGACAACGGCGGGCCUGUGAAGGUUGGCCGCGUCAUGGUUCCGAAGGAUUACUUACGCGCCGCCGCGGCGUUGCUGUCGCCGUCGAGCUUUCGUGGUGCCGGACAAGAGGAGCCGCAGGGCGGCGUUGAAGCGCUGCCGCCACCUUCGGGCUUUUCGAGCCAGUACCAAGGGGAGGCCGCGUCGACCGAUGAUGAUCACGGCGUGUCAAUAAACGAGAAUAAUCUCCACGACGAGGCGCAGGGCAGCACCGGCGGCGACGACUCUCCUGAGCCACGUGUUCUCGUUACGAUGAAUGACGGCGUCCCGGCGUUGGAGAUGGAUAUGGGCGGCAGAUGCGCUUUCGCCGACACGUGUUGGAUCGACGAACACUACCAGAAUAUGGAGUGA